CCGACUCACAGAUCUCAGAGUUUUAGCUUUUAGAGUAAUUCGGUAAUUCAAUGCAAACUACAGUGUUUACAUUUAAUACUCUGAAAAGUGACAUUUAUAUUCUAAAAAUCGCAAAAGUCGUAAUCUUCUUUUAAAAAAUGUUACCUUUAUCCUUAUUACGUACAGCACAAAAUCAUCCGAUGCUGGUUGAAUUAAAAAAUGGCGAAACUUAUAAUGGCCAUUUAGUCAGCUGUGAUAAUUGGAUGAAUAUUAAUUUAAGAGAAGUUAUAUGUACUUCCAGGGAUGGUGAUAAAUUUUGGAGAAUGCCAGAAUGCUAUAUUCGAGGAAGCACUAUCAAAUAUCUUAGAAUCCCUGAUGAAGUUAUUGAUAUGGUUAAGGAAGAUGUCCAAAUGAAAUCCAGAGGCAGAGGCGAAAUGAAAGGCAGGGGAGGACAAAAUCAAAGAGGAGGUAGAGGUAGUGGACGAGGAACAUUUGGCGGGAGAGGAGGAAGGGGACCUAUACCUAUUGGUAGAGGUGGUAGCAGUCAAGGAAACAAAAACAAAAAACUAAAUUAGUUUAUUUAUAUUAGUUUCACUACAUAAUAUUGAUAAGUAAAUAUACAAUGUUUUUGUAUGACAGUUGCAAAAUUAUAAAAUUGUUUCUUAGAAUUUUGAGUCUUUACAUUAAUCUAGAAAUACAUGGCUUUUGAAUACUUUUUAUUGAAUAUUACACUCAACAAAAAUAACAUACCAUAAUUUAUAAAUAUUUAUGUAUUGACCAUUCAAUUAUUAAAGAUUGCACAUA